AUGAAUCUGCUCAGGACUGGACUGGCCCUGCUCCUGGCUCUGGCCUCUACCUCCGCCGCCUCGCUGGGCGUGGUGCAGACAGAAGGAGGCUUGGUCCAGGGGCAGAACAUCCCUGUGGGUCUGAUGCGCUCCGUGGAGGUGUUCAAAGGCGUCCCGUUCGCUGCUAAACCAGGACUGUUCCAGAAGCCUCGGCCUCACCCCGGCUGGAGCGGAAUCCUCAAAGCCACAAAGUUCGCUCCCAGGUGUCUGCAGGUGAACAUCGUGCAGACACAGACGUUUGGGAGUGAGGACUGUCUGCACCUGAACAUAUGGGUCCCUCACGGCAAAAAGGUCUCCUCCAACCUCCCGGUGAUGAUCUGGUUCUACGGUGGCGGCUUCAUGGUGGGCGGCUCCAUGGGGCCAAACUUCCUGAAUAAUUACCUGUACAGCGGUCAGGAGCUGUCCAAGCGCGGUGACGUCAUCGUGGUCAGCGCGGGCUACAGGGUGGGGGUCCUGGGGUUCCUCAGCACCGGAGACCCCUCUCUACCAGGAAACUACGGCCUGUGGGACCAGCAGGCCGCUAUCGCCUGGGUGCACAGAAACAUCCGCUCGUUCGGAGGAGAUCCCAGCAACAUCACCAUCUUUGGAGAGUCUGCAGGGGGCGCUAGUGUCAGCUUCCAGAUCCUGUCGCCGCACACCAAAGGGCUGGUCCGCAGAGCCAUCUCCCAGAGCGGAGUGGCCCUCUGCCCCUGGGCCUUCAGGAGCAACCCCCGGGACGUGGCUGAGCAGGUGGCAGAGAAGGUUGGCUGUCCCACUGACCACACAAUGGCCGACUGUCUGAGGAGCAUGGACACUGGAAAUCUGACCAUGGCUGCUCCCAAGAUCCUACAAGGCAACCCAGACAAGCCUGGCGUGAUGAACCUACAGCUGACCCCAGUGGUGGACGGGGACUUCUUGCCGGACCACCCCUCCAAGCUCUUCCACAACGCGGCAGAAGUAGACUUUCUGCUGGGGGUCAACAACAUGGACGGACACCUGUUCACGUCACAGGACAUCCCCUCACUUCGCAGCAAGACCCAGGACACGCCCAUUGAAGACUUGAGGCGGCUCCUGGGGGCCUACACACGGGGAAAGGGCCCGGCCGCUCUGGACCUGGCCUUCUCAGAGUACACCUCGGACUGGGGCUCCUCUCCGUCCCAGGACACCAUCAAGAAGACGGCAGUGAACAUCGGGACGGACUUCAUCUUCCUGGUGCCGAUCCAGACCGCUGUGUACCUGCACGCUGCCACGGCAACGUCUGGGCGUACCUUCUCCUAUCUGCUGUCGGAGCCCAGUCUGAUGGCCGGUCCUGGGAAGCCCUACCAUGACUGGGUGGGCUCGGACCACGCGGACGACUUGCAGUUUGUGUUUGGGAAGCCUUUUACCACUCCCAAAGCCUACGCCGACAAACACCGCGCCCUGUCCGCUCACAUGAUGGCCUACUGGACCAACUUCGCCAGGACUGGAGACCCUAACGUGGGCCCCUCGGCGGUGCCUGUGACCUGGCCCCAGAUGGACCAUUUCUCUCAGCAGUAUCUGAACAUCUCAUCCAACAUGAACGAACCCUCCACCUCCCAGAAGAUGAGGCUUCGCUUUGUCAAACUGUGGACCAGAGACAUCCCCAGUCUGCCGUAG